AACGACACACACACACACAGACAGAGAGAGAGAGAGAGAGAGAUGUGUUGAAACUCAAUUCUGUUCCUGCAUUCCUUCCCUCAUCAAAGGCCGUCUAUAUAGCUAGUGAGAAAUCCUAAAUUCUACCGUGGUGAGACAGGACGUCUGAUCCACAGAGGAACAACCUCAGGACUCUACAGCCAGGACAGAUUGGAGGAAAUGUGCAGUUUUACAUUACGCGUUUGACGCCUUGUGGACAGUAAAGGCGAGAAGCUGCUUUUAGCAAAGGGACGUUUUCUUUUUUCAUUUUUAAAGAGGAACACAAGAUGGCAGAUGACAGGAGUGAAUAACGAGGACAUCACGGCGUCGUUCCCUUUAACAUGUAAAGCACCGCUCAGAAGAUUUCGGAACUGGUUACAUUGUGUUUAUUCGCUUCGACCGGAUACAGAUAAAAGGAAACACGGUUUUGUCUAGCAGUAAGGAUCUGAUAUCAAACUAGGUUCAUGUUGUAGCUGUUCACACCACACGCUAGCUGGAUAUGGCAGAUCUUUCCAUUGCUUGGUAAGCCUUUAAACCUUUCGUGGUCUGUUUUGGCAAAGAAAAAGCGAAGCGACCGGUCGUUCCUGUUUUUUAGACCCAAGACCAAUACUGUGCUCUUACUUAGUGUUUUUUUGGGGGUUUUUUUUGAGAAGCUAAUGCUAGGAUAUUGUUUCUAGGACAUUUAGACUAAAAUGAAAGUAACCCAGUAGAUUUUAAUGGUGAAACUAGAUUGUAAUGUAAAGUAUGACGCACUGGAGACGGUAGUACUGGUCGGUGUUAAUAUAUCACAGAGAUCUUAUUUGGAUACGCGGUCAUGAUCCAGUCCAAAAUACCAAUCCUAGUUGAUCGUUGAUGGUAGGGUUAUAAAAAUAGCCUUCCAUGAACAAGUCAAAAGUCUUUUCAAGCUGCGCUGAAAAGGCCCAUAAACGUACCUUCACCUACUAGAGGGAGGAACUGCCAAGGCAUAUCAUUCAGAUGUGUCAGCAGAUCUGUGUCAGUCUGUCUGCUCAUUAUCAAAACACGCAUGAUUUAAGAGUCGCUGUUACUAAAAAAGACUGAUUAUAAAUUGGUAAAUGGAAGCACAAUGUAGAUAAGUGCGCUUGAGGAGAAGAAACACACUUAACGCAUAGAACAUGCACGGAUUAGUGAGACUUUGGUGAUAGAAGGUGGCAUCAUGUCUCCUCAUUGAUCUUAAGCAGUGCUGCGCUUUUACACAAACAUUCAUGUCUCCGAAAGUAGGCCUUAAGACACACUGGUUGUACACAAUGGUUAUCGUCCACUAGAUGAAGCAGGAGCAGGUUUUGUCUGGAUGGGUUUAUAGGAGUCGUGGUUUGACGUCUGUGCAUCUUUAUAAACUUCUCAUUCUGCACCUUUUACGCGUCACUAACACGAAUCUGUAAACGAGAUCGACUCGAAAUGGCCGAAACCUGGAAGAAUUGUCUUGAAGAAGAGCUCAUAUGCCCGAUCUGUCUGCAUGUGUUUUCGGAGCCGGUUCAGCUGCCAUGCAAGCACAACUUUUGCCGCGUUUGUAUAAACGAAGCCUGGGCCAAGGAAGCGGCUAUGGUCCGGUGUCCGGAAUGCAACAACGCCUACAGCCAAAAACCAGCUCUGGAGAAAAACCACAAGCUGUCGAACAUCGUAGAAAAGUUCAACGCACUGAACAUAGAGAAAACUCCAAGUGUGCUGCACUGCAUCCUGUGUCGUCGAGGGCCACCAAUGCCUGCUCAGAAAGUGUGUCUGAGAUGCAAGGCGCCAUGCUGCCAGUCACACGUACAGACGCACUUGCAGCAGCCCUCAUCCAACGCCGGACACUUGUUAGUGGAGGCAGCCGAGGCACGAGCAUGGAGCUGCCCGUUGCACCACGAGUACCGACUGUACCACUGCGAGGCCGAGCACGCUGCUGUGUGCCACUACUGCUGUGUGGCCAGAUGUGCGCCACAUCACGGACACGCCGUCUGCGAUGUAGAGCUGCGUCGCAAUGACAUCCGGCAAACGUUGAUGAAGCAGCAGGACCGGAUUGAAGACAGAGUUCAAGACAUAGAAGAGCAGCUCUACAAACUAGAGUCAGACAAGUGUCUUGUAGAGGAAAAGGUGCAGCAUCUGAAAGAGGAGGUACAGCUACAGUAUCAGAAGAUGCAGCAGCUGCUAGAGGAGGAUUUGGGGAAGACACUGGAGGUGCUCGAUCAGGCUCAUACCAAAUUCUGUCAGGAGAACUCCACCCAGGUCCUGCAGCUCAACCAGAAACGCCAAGAGGCCAAGAAACUCCUCAGCUCCAUCCAGAUGGUGUCCGAUAAGGCAGAGGACAUCAAAUUUAUGAGGAAUACAAAAUCUGUAAAAAUCUUAAUGGAUAGGUCUCAGUCAUAUAUUGGCAAUACCUUACCCUCUUACAAAGUGGGCAGCCUCAAUUCUAAGCUGUUUCUCUCUGAAAUCUCAAAGAGGGAGAAAAACCUGUGUAAAAUGCUUGAAGCUCCUUUCAGCGCUCCUGCAAACUUCUUCCAGACUAUUCCAGCCUAUCUGUGUGCAGAGAAACGCAGGCACUCAGUGGCUUUCUCUGAUGCUGGAGGCAGCAGUAAGGCUGGUUCUAGUUUUAUGGAGUCUUCCUCUUCUUCCUCUGGUCCUACUGCUAAACAACCAUGCCUGAGUCUGACUCCAGCUCCAGGUUCCUCCACCAGUGAGGGCCAGUCCUCCCAGCAUGCUCUGGGGCCUUGCAACUCUGUGGGAAACAGCAGUGCUGCGACCAGUUCUCAGUCCAUGCACCACUCUGGUUCUGUUUUUCCACACUCUCAUUAUCCAAAUAGCAGCACUUCACAGUUGCCUCAAUAUGGAGGACGCAAGAUUCUAAUGUGCACAGUGGAUAACUGCUACUGCUCGGGUGUGCCCUCAGUGUCUAACCCAAGGGGGCAUCCACCAUACCCUCGAUCCAGUUCCUUCGCAUGGCCAGUGAGCUCACAGGAGUACUCCCAUCAGCCCCUCCCCUCCACACCUGCGAUGUCUCAAUCUCUCCAGAGUCUUUCCAUGCGGGACUGGAUAGACGCCUCACAGCCACACAGGCAUCCUGACUUCUACGGCCUCUACAGCCAGUCUUCCAGCAAGCAUUACGUCACCAGUUAACCCCAGCUCCAGUGACUGCUGUCAGUCACAUGAUCGGCUAGGUUUUUAAGCUGUGGGAACGUGAACGAGUGGGAAUCUUUUUUUUUUUGUACAUAAGUUGGAUCAGUCAUAUAAUGUUCUUUAGGUCCAAUGUCUAAGUUCUUAAAACAGUAAAUGUUACAAAGUGAAGCAUAACUUUGCACGUAGGAACUAAAGAUGUUCCCUUAACAUGCGUUGCUACUUACUACAACAGAAUAAUACUAACCAUUUUCCAAAAUGGACAAAGAACAGUAUGGUAAAUGGUUAAUCAUCAGUAAUGCUGCAAUUUUGUGUGAGCUCCUAAUCAUUUAAAUGAUGGUUUACUGUAUUCAAUUCAACAGCCAGCUCUUAUUGAAAUAUACCGUUAGCAAGAAAAGGUCAUUCUUACCAUUCACACAAUUAUAACUCACUAUAUUUUAUUUGCCUACUUAUUUCACAUAAGUAGUCUUUUUAAUCAGUGAGUCAAUUCUUGUAUGAGCAAAAUAUUUUGAAAUUUUUACAAUCUUCUAUGUUUAUCAUUUAGCAGAAGAUGGAACGUCUUCAGUGUUGUUUUUUUUCAUAAGAGAAAGGUAUACUUAUUUGUAUAAGUUUGGGUUACUUGUAUAUGUAACAGGAAAUUUUGUAUUUUUUAGAGGGAAAAGAGAGGAAAUUUUAAUGAUGCAAUAUUAUUUUCAUGGUUAUGUUUUUUUAAUUUGUGCAUACUUCCCUAUUGAGAGUCUCUCGAUGGAAAUGCCCUGCUUGUCGUGUGAUUUCUUGUUACAGCUGCGACUAGAUGUCCAGGCUUUGAGCAGCUGCCCAACAUGGAUCCACACAGACAGUGCUGCCACACAAAAAAAUACCUUUUUAACUUUGUGAAACCCAGGAUGAAUUUUGGUUUCACAUUCUAUUACUCCUCUUUAACUUAUGUGUUGAUCCAGAGUUAUUUGGACCUGAUUUUUCAAAAAAUCUGAAGGAACUUUGGAAGUACAUUCCUCUCCAUUUAUUAGCAAUACAGUUCUUCUUUCUCCUGAAUCAUGUCAUUACUGGCACCAAUCAAAGAAUAUCUGGCUUCCUGUUUGUUAUUGAUUGCAUGUGGGAACAAGUUUCCGAGCACUUGUAGUAAAAUAAUAAAACUGCAAGAAAUAUAAAAAGACUUUGAAA